AUGGCGGCGUGUGGACGUGUCCGGAGGAUGCUGCUCCUGCUCCUUCUCGCCGCCGCCGCCCGCGCCGACAUGGCCCUCAACGCGGCGCCCGUGCAGCAGCAGCAGCCUCAGUUGCAACCUCAGUUGCAGCCUCAGUUGCAACAGCUGCAGCAGCAGCAGCAGCUGGCCCCCGCUGGGGGUCCGUCCUCUCGGCGGGGCGGCGGCGGCGGGUGGAAGCUGUCGGAGGAAGAGCUGUGCCGCGAAGACGUCACCCGGGUCUGCCCCAAGCACACCUGGACCAACAACCUGGCCGUGCUCGAGUGCCUGCAGGACGUGCGGGAGCCGGACAAUGAAAUUUCUUCCGACUGCAAUCAUUUGUUGUGGAAUUAUAAACUGAACCUGACUACAGACCCCAAGUUUGAAUCAGUGGCCAGAGAGGUCUGCAAAUCCACUAUUUCAGAGAUUAAAGAAUGUGCUGACGAGCCAGUGGGAAAAGGCUACUUGGUCUCCUGCUUGGUGGAUCAUAGAGGAAACAUCACCGAAUACCAGUGUCAUCAGUACAUCACCAAGAUGACUGCUAUCAUCUUUAGUGAUUACCGUCUGAUCUGUGGCUUCAUGGAUGAAUGCAAAAAUGAUAUCAAUAUCUUGAAGUGCGGCAGCAUUCGACUUGGAGAAAAGGAUGCACAUUCACAAGGAGAAGUAGUGUCCUGCUUGGAGAAGGGUCUGGUAAAGGAGGCAGAGGAGAAUGACCCCAGGAUUCAGGUCUCUGACCACUGCAAAAAAGCCAUCCUGAGGGUGGCUGAGCUGUCCUCCGAUGAUUUCCACCUGGACCGACAUCUGUACUUUGCUUGUCGAGACGAUCGAGAGCGCUUCUGUGAAAAUACUCAAGCUGGAGAGGGCAGAGUCUACAAGUGCCUCUUUAACCACAAGUUUGAGGAAUCGAUGAGUGAGAAGUGUCGUGAUGCACUGACAACAAGGCAGAAGCUAAUUGCCCAAGAUUACAAAGUCAGUUAUUCAUUAGCAAAGUCUUGUAAGAGCGACCUGAAGAAAUACCGGUGCAACGUGGAAAAUCUUCCCCGGUCCAGGGAAGCCCGGCUGUCAUACCUGUUGAUGUGCCUAGAAUCAGCCGUUCACAGAGGUCGACAGGUGAGCAGCGAGUGCCAGGGGGAGAUGCUGGAUUAUCGGCGCAUGCUGAUGGAAGACUUCUCGCUGAGCCCUGAGAUCAUCUUGAGCUGUCGGGGUGAAAUAGAGCACCACUGCUCCGGGUUGCAUCGAAAAGGCCGCACACUGCACUGUCUAAUGAAAGUCGUGCGUGGGGAGAAGGGCAACGUUGGAAUGAAUUGCCAGCAGGCGCUUCAAACUCUGAUUCAAGAGACCGACCCCGGAGCAGAUUACCGCAUUGACCGAGCUCUGAAUGAAGCUUGUGAAUCUGUAAUACAGACCGCCUGCAAACACAUAAGAUCUGGAGACCCAAUGAUCCUCUCGUGCCUAAUGGAACAUUUGUACACGGAGAAGAUGGUAGAGGACUGCGAGCACAGGCUCUUGGAGCUCCAGUACUUCAUCUCCCGAGACUGGAAAUUGGACCCCGUUCUGUACCGUAAGUGCCAGGGAGAUGCUUCUCGGCUAUGCCAUACCCAUGGCUGGAAUGAGACCAGCGAGCUCAUGCCUCCCGGAGCCGUGUUCUCCUGCUUAUACAGACAUGCCUACCGCACCGAGGAACAGGGGAGGAGGCUAUCCCGAGAAUGUCGAGCUGAAGUGCAACGGAUCCUGCACCAGCGAGCCAUGGAUGUGAAGCUCGACCCUGCCCUGCAAGACAAGUGCCUGAUCGACUUGGGGAAGUGGUGCAGUGAGAAGACCGAGACUGGACAGGAGCUAGAGUGCCUUCAGGACCAUCUCGAUGACCUGGUUGUUGAAUGCAGAGACAUUGUUGGAAACCUGACAGAAUUAGAAUCAGAGGAUAUUCAGAUCGAAGCUUUACUGAUGAGAGCGUGCGAGCCCAUCAUUCAGAACUUCUGCCACGAUAUGGCAGAUAACCAGAUUGACUCUGGGGACUUAAUGGAGUGCCUGAUCCAGAACAAACACCAGAAGGAGAUGAACGAAAAGUGUGCCAUUGGAGUCACUCACUUCCAGCUGGUUCAGAUGAAAGAUUUUCGAUUCUCCUACAAAUUUAAAAUGGCCUGCAAGGAGGAUGUACUGAAACUCUGCCCAAACAUCAAGAAAAAAGUGGACGUGGUGAUCUGCCUGAGCACCACUGUGCGCAACGACACGCUGCAGGACGCCAAGGAGCACAGGGUGUCACUGAAAUGCCGCAAGCAGCUGCGUGUCGAGGAGCUGGAGAUGACCGAAGAUAUCCGCCUGGAACCCGAGCUCUACGAGGCCUGCAAGAGUGACAUCAAGAGCCACUGUCAAACUGUGCCUUAUGGCAAUGCUCAGAUUAUCGAGUGCCUGAAAGAAAAUAAGAAGCAGCUAAGCGCACGGUGCCAUCAGAAAGUAUUUAAGCUACAGGAGACGGAGAUGAUGGACCCAGAACUAGACUAUACACUCAUGAGAGUUUGCAAACAAAUGAUCAAGAGAUUCUGCCCAGAAGCUGAUUCCAAGAAUAUGUUACAGUGCUUGAAACAAAAUAAGAACAGUGAACUGAUGGACCCCAAAUGCAAACAGAUGAUUACCAAGCGGCAGAUUACCCAAAACACAGAUUAUCGCUUGAACCCUGUGCUGAGGAAAGCCUGUAAGGCUGACAUUCCCAAAUUCUGCCAGAAUAUCCUCAGUAAAGCCAAGGACGACGCCGAGUUGGAAGGCCAAGUCAUCUCUUGUCUCAAACUGAGAUACGCAGACCAGCGCCUCUCUCCAGACUGUGAAGACCAGAUCCGAGUCAUAAUCCAAGAAUCUGCUCUGGAUUACCGACUUGAUCCCCAGCUUCAGAUGCACUGCUCAGAAGAGAUUUCCAACCUGUGUGCCGAGGAAGCCGCAGCCCAGGAGCAGACGGGCCAGGUGGAAGAGUGUCUAAAAGUUAACCUGCUCAAAAUUAAAACAGAAAUGUGUAAAAAGGAAGUUCUGAAUAUGUUGAAGGAAAGCAAAGCAGACAUCUUUGUGGAUCCGGUUCUCCACACAGCCUGUGCUUUGGACAUCAAACAUCACUGCGCUGCCAUUCCACCUGGCCGAGGGCGUCAAAUGUCUUGCCUCAUGGAAGCCCUGGAAGAUAAACGGGUUAGGUUACAGCCCGAGUGCAAGAAACGCCUCAACGAUCGGAUUGAGAUGUGGAGUUACGCUGCAAAGGUGGCCCCAGCGGAAGGCUUCUCCGAUCUUGCCAUGCAAGUGAUGACGUCACCGUCCAAGAACUACAUCCUGUCCGUGAUCACGGUGGGCAUCUGUGUACUGUUCCUGGUUGGUCUGGUGUGCGGACGCAUCACCAAGCGGGUGACACGGGAGCUGAAGGACAGGUAGAGUCUGGAUUGGCCACCAAAGGAACCGCCUGCCCAGUGCCCAGUUUGUACAGCCCUCCUGUAUAGUCUCCCCUACCCACCUCACUCUUCUGAAAGGAGAAACAAACAAAACAUAAAUUAGAACAGCAGCAG